GAGCUUUGGCGGGGCUGGGGUUCCGAUGUGGUCCCCGGAGCGGGAGGCCGAGGCCCCGGCCGGGAGAGACCCGGCGGGCCUACUGCCCCCCGAAUGGGAGGAGGACGAAGAGCGCAUGUCCUUCUUGUUCUCUGCCUUCAAGAGGAGUCGCGAGGUGAACAGCACCGACUGGGACAGCAAGAUGGGCUUCUGGGCGCCGUUGGUGCUGAGCCACAGCCGCCGCCAGGGGGUGGUGCGCCUGCGUCUGCGAGACUUGCAGGAGGCCUUUCAGCGCAAGGGCAGCGUCCCGCUGGGGCUGGCGACGGUGCUGCAGGACCUGCUACGUCGAGGGGAGCUGCAGCGGGAGUCCGACUUCAUGGCCAGUGUAGACAGCAGCUGGAUCUCCUGGGGAGUUGGGGUCUUCCUGCUGAAGCCCCUCAAGUGGACUCUUUCCAACAUGCUGGGGGAUAAUAAGGUUCCUGCUGAAGAAGUACUAGUGGCCGUGGACCUGCUUAAGGAAAAGGCUGAGGAGGUGUAUCGUCUGUAUCAGAGCUCCCCUCUCUCCUCCCACCCAGUGGUGGCCCUGUCGGAGCUGAGCACCCUCUGUGCUGGCUCCUGCCCAGAUGAGAGGACCUUCUAUUUGGUGUUGCUGCAGCUGCAGAAAGAGAAGAGGGUCACCGUCCUCGAGCAGAAUGGAGAAAAGAUUGUGAAGUUUGCCCGGGGGCCACAUGCCAAGGUCUCUCCAGUCAACGACGUAGAUGUUGGGGUGUACCAGCUAAUGCAGAGCGAACAGCUUCUCUCGCGCAAAGUGGAGUCCUUGUCCCAAGAAGCGGAGAGGUGUCGAGAAGAAGCCCGCAGGGCAUGUCGAGCUGGAAAGAAACAACUGGCGCUGAGGUCUCUCAAAGCCAAGCAGAGGACAGAAAAACGCAUCGAAGCCCUCCACGCCAAGCUGGACACGGUUCAAGGCAUCCUGGACCGGAUCUAUGCCUCCCAAACAGACCAGAUGGUGUUUAAUGCUUACCAGGCUGGGGUAGGAGCACUAAAACUGUCCAUGAAGGAUGUCACAGUGGAGAAGGCAGAGAGCCUUGUGGAUCAGAUCCAAGAGCUCUGUGAUACCCAGGAUGAAGUUUCGCAGACUCUGGCUGGCGGGGUAACCAACGGCUUAGAUUUUGAUAGUGAGGAGCUGGAGAAGGAAUUGGACAUCCUUCUUCAGGACACCACCAAAGAACCUCUGGAUCUGCCUGACAGCCUCCCUGAGACGUUUUAUACCAACAGUGUGCCUCGCCCUCGGAUCUCAGAUGCUGAACUUGAAGCUGAGCUUGAGAAGCUGUCCUUAUCAGAGGGAGGUUUGGUCCCAAGCAGCAAAUCUCCAAAAAGGCAAUUGGAACCGACUCUCUGAAGCCAUUGUGGACCCUCACGUGAAGGACCCUGGUGUGAAAGAGAGACCCAGCUUCCGUGUGUGUACAUCAUUAUUUAAAGGAGAAGCCCUCAGAACGGAUUCAGAAGAGGAAGGAGAACUGCCGUGAUGUUGCCGGAUGCCACCACUUACUACAGCACAGACAGCGUUUCUGGAAGCAACGCUCUCCCAGCUGGCAUCGUGGCCUGCCGUUCAUGUUGAUAGUGCUGCAGUUUAUACAGUCUGUGUUUGCCCUGUCGUCUCUCAUAGCCUGCAGUUCUUGCCAUUGGCUCAGUUAGGUUUGUCUUCACCCACCAGCUCCACGUUCCAGCCAACGAAGGUGAAAGACUUGGAGCUUUGCCAAAUUAAAAUCAGCCCUCUCUCUCCUGCCCCCACUGUUUUCUAGAGGGAUGUACUCUGCCUCUGGGGUCAGUUAAUCAUUGUAUUCCUGUCCCACACUGGUCCCACCGUCACGAGAGUAAUGAGAACCCAACACUUAAAGGUUGUCUUUGAGGGGACUUAACAGCUGCUGCUUUAUGGAGAAACCAACAGUGUGAAAGGUUUCUUUCUAGGGCUGUUUGUGAGAUUCUCCAAGACUCAGAAAAGAGGUCACCCUGAGUGGCUCAGAGCUGUGGCAAUUGGGGGGGCUCAGGAGUGGUUGAUGGACACUGCUGCCGCCUCCGUCUUAGGUGUAAGAUUUGCUGACUGGAAGAAGGGGUGGUGCUCUGUCUUGUGCAGAGAGGCCCAGGUAACUACAGGGCCCCAAGAUGUCCAAAUCCCAUAUGCUUUUUUCAAGAGGCAUGCUCUUUCCCAUGUCCCCAUCGUGGAAUACAGUAUGUAGAUAGAUUUAGUCCCGAACAAGCCACACAACGACACACCUCCCCUCCACGAGCCUGAGCCUGGCAAACCACAGGUUACCGGUGUGAAUUUGAAAACCAUGUCGUUUUGGAGCCUGUUGCUCAGGGCAGGGGCUUCGAGCCAGGAUGUGCAAUAGAAGAGGAAGUUGGUGUUCUGCCCUAACUGCCAGGUGCUUCCUCUGUCCAUGCCCCUCCAGUCCAACCUUUCCCCGUGUUGAAUUGGGACAGGCAGGAGAGGGUCCAAAUGCUCUGGCAGCAUGAAGAAGAGAAGCUGGCAUCUGCACUGCCGCCUUUUUGCUGCAUGAGGUGUGCCUCUGCCCGGGGCCCUUCACCUGCCCUCUGUGUGAGGUGGUGCGGGGGCCAAGUGGAAGCACCUGCUGCAGACCAGGAGCAUGAAUCACCGUCCACACCCUUUCUCGGCCGCUCGAACCUUGGUGAACAAUGAAAUGUCAGGGGUGAAGAGAAACAAUCACUAUUUUUUUCUUUUCUAAUCUGGUAAAUAAUUAAAAGAAAAUAACCCCA